AUGGCAUCGCAAUCAGGCAUGGUCGAUCCUGCCAUCUUCCAGGACCUCCAGGCGCGUGUCGACGAGGAUACAGCUGUCCGCGAUGAGCUCAAAGACAUCAUCCACGCACUCGAGAAGCACAACCGCAAUGUCUCGUUUGUACUGUCGAGAGCGCACUCAACGCCCGUCAACAACCUUCCUGAGGUCCUCAAGGCGGCAGAAGAGUCAAUCAGCACCGUAGUGGAAGAUGUAUCGAAGCUGUCACAGGCCGCAUCAAAGCUGCCAUACUACAAGUUCAACACCAUGUGGUCUCGUCAGAUGCAGAGCGCUGUAGAAGGCCUUCUCUUCUGGGGCUGGCUGGGUGGCUACAAGUAUGAUGGAGGCGAUAUCAAGGCUGGAAGGCUGCUCACCAUUGAAGAGCUCGGCGAGAUCCUGAAGAUCCCGGUCAACCUCAAAGAGCGAGAUGAAUUCCACCUCACCCUUGAGGAGUACUUGCAGUCUCUCAUCUCGCUUGUGGAAGAGCUUACACGUCUGGCACGAAAUGCUGUCACGCUUGGUGACUACGAGCGGCCCCUAUUGAUCAACCAAUUCGUCAAGGAUCUAUUUGCUGGCUUCCAGAUUCUCAACCUGAAGAACGAUAGUCUGCGCCGCCGUGGCGACGGACUCAAGUACAGAGUCAAGGAUGUGGAGGAUGUGGUGUAUGAUCUUUCGCUGAGGAAUCUGCUGCCAAAGAAAGAGUAG